AUGAACACAACUGUUUGUAACUUUGAUCUGAAAAUGCUGCUUCAAGUUUGCGAUGACGUUAAGUCCGCAUUGGACCGUUCUGUUCUGGUUCUUGCUAGUGACUUCGUGCCCACCUCCGAAGAGGCUGCAGCUUUGGCGCUGGUUCGCUUGUCCAGGGAACAUCCAGAAGCAACGCUGGUCUGCCUGGGACCGCUUACCAACGUGGCUAUAGCACUGAAGAUAGAUCCAAAAUUCACCUUUGCCGAAGUAUUCAUCAUGGGAGGAAACUACCAGGGAAUUGGCAAUGUGGCAUCCAAUUCAUCAUCAGAAUUUAAUUUUCAUGGUGACCCAGAAGCUGCGUCGAUAGUUCUAAGCAAGUUGGCGGAAAAGAUUGUAAUGAUUCCAUGGGAGGCUUUCUUCAUUGAAGGUGUCAAACAUGAAAAGCAAGUAGACUUCGAUGCACAUUUGCGAUAUGAUACAAAUCUGGCGUCAUUUCUGAUUACAGCCACAAUUCGAGCUGCAACAAUGGAGAAUAAUAAUCGCCAGAAUUCGUAUUGCGACGAGAUUGCUGUUGCUGCUGCCAUAGACAUGAAUCGAGUGGCUCGCAAGUUGAUGCACCUUAGAAUAGACGUGGAACUUUCUGGAGUCCAUACUAGGUUGAGUGUUCCGUAA